UUUUGUUUUUCGAGACAGGGUUUCUCUGUGUAGCCCCUUGAUAGUCAUCACUAGCACAACCAUAACAAAAGACUGGCUAACCCAAGGAACCAUAGCACAUUCUAAACUUCUAGCUAAACUUUGGUGUGUUAGAGGGCCCUCCAGAAAUGAAGCUCCAUGGAGAACAGAUCUCAUUCUUGGGCUCAGUAAAGACUGAACAGGACAGCCAUGUAGAAAGGCAGAUGGAUCCCAAGGGUGUAGUCUAAUGGUAACAACUCAAACAGAAACUCAGCAAGACCUGUGUGUUCAGAUUCAUGGUCUUUCUGUAUAGCAUUCCUUCUGAGAAUCCAGUGAAACACUGCUUGAAGGGAGACUGGGAAAAGUAACUCGAGUUUUAUUGCCUGCUUUGAAGAAGGGCUCUAGCUUCUAUGACUAACCUUGGGUAACCAGAAUCCUGAUCUCUAUCGCUUGCUUUGGGGGAAAAGCAGAAGUCAAUAGGCAGAAAGGUGGGACAAAGGCAAAGGAACUCUUUCUGAGAGCUGAAAAUACACAGCACACCCUGGUGUUGCACAGUGGAGUCAACUCUGAUGUAAGAGAACAAAGUGAGUGUAGACCAGAGCUUGAGAUUGCCAGGUGGCCUUAGUCAGGCAAACAAUGAGACAAGAAACAGAUUCAGAUGCCAGGAGGCGAUGCAGUCAGUCAGGUUGGUUCCUUAUUCUUCUUGACUUCUGAUUUAUACCUACAGAGUCUUUGAAUAGUUACAGAUAGCUGAACAAGGGUUGCUGAACCACUUACAAUCUUAAUAAAGUGUUCUAGAAGUGGGUUUGUCCUGUGCCUAUACAAUUGCCCCAGCAAACAAUCCAAUACUUCCUGCUAACAGGAAGCAGGGGUGUGGUAGCUGUCAUAAAACAAAGCAUUUGUACAAGUCACCCCACAGCAAGAACUUUUGUUCCACCCCACACUAAGUUCAUUACAGGUUCCUGGCAUGGGAAUGUGAUGAAACGAUAAAUAUGUGUUUUUAUAUUCACAAAUAAGCCCUGCAAACCCUGUAAUGCACAUGGGGACAAGCAAAAGCAGUUUCUUCAGCCAUUUUGCAUUAUGAGUUCUUUCGUCUUGAUACAUUGAUCUUCUCUAAGCUUCUACGAGUAAUGAGACAUGAGUGGGGUCUGUGGGGGAUUCUUCCUAGAAUGACCGGCACAAACAUCAGGUGUGUAGCCAAUGCUCGUUGCAUACUAAAUAAAUUAUAGUUGAAUCUGUUUCCAUGUCUUUCCUAAAGCAUAAUACAGCAAUGCCUAGGGAAGAGGUGUUCAAAUGAUGCUAAUGAAAAACCUAGUGAUGACGCAAAGUGUGUGCAAAAUAAGUAAACACAGGUCACUGCUUAGACAAGUGCAGACCUGCUUUCCCUCACAGAGGAAUGGCUAGUAUGAGAAUCUGUGUUUCCUGGCAUCUCUUAAGGUUGAGGAGAACUAAAGAGUGUUGGACAGGGCUGGAAUGUUAGAACUCCGGAGAAUUACCGUCCACCCCUGACCAGCUCUGAAGAGUUCGAGAGCACUGGGUGUAUUUGUUUGUUUGGUGCAGCUCUGGCACUCUGAAUCCAGGACCUUGUGUGUAGUAGGCUCUACCACUGAGCCACAGCCUGCUCUACAAAGCUUAGGCAAGCUACUUUAGCUCCCAUUUUCUCUAACGCGCUUUAUUUGGGAAAAGAAUCGCUCGAGGUCACACAACCAGCAUUGAUUUCUGUCUUAUAAAGUACUUCAUACGUUUAAGUUUUUACCCCAGUGGUUUCUAAGGUGAUGUCACAGUUUUCUCAGUGGAUAUGAUUUGCUAAGGACAGAACGGAUGGUAAAAUAUGUCAGUCUGUCUGAUUGUUUAUGUAAGUACACAUUCAUAGACCAGUAAAACACCCCUCCCUCUGGUGCCCUGAUUUGUUUCAUGUUACAACAGCUCCAGUCAUCUCUGAAUACCGAGUGUCCUCCCGCCAGCCAAGCCAGCGAGCAACCUGACAGAAGAUCCUCUGUUUGCCUCGCUUUCAGGUCAACUGUGCAUUUUUAAAAGGACUAUCUUGCUAUAAACUCAGGCUAGAAAGUGUCUAAAGAAUCCAUGCGACUGGAGUUGGGAGCAGGCCUUGAUCCGUACCACGGGCCUAGAGAGAAAGCUAUGCUAGGCAUUUACCUAGACCCAAAUCCCGUUGAAACAAACAACUUUUACGCUUUGUUUAAGCUGGUGAGUGUUGUGGCUUUUAGGGCAAUAGGCUUGCCCACAAAAGAAAUAUUAAUACUUUUCCUUCUGGUAUGUCUUUACAUAAAAUGUUCCUCUUCGGCGAGAUUAACUGAUACCAUCUGUGAGUAUUUGUUCCCUACUCUUGGCUUGCAGACUUGCAUUUAAAUCUGCAUGCUUCUUUUUCUAAGCUGCUUUUCAAAUUGCGGGAACACAAGAGCUAGCCCUAGCCGGUGGCCAAACACUGCCUUUGAGUCCCAAGUCUUUUUAACCUCUUGCUUCCAACUCGCAUCUAAAGGCAAAACAAUCCUGGAGACACGGCCCUCCCCUUGCCUGUGAUAGGCUGCUUGGAAUAGCAACAGCCUGUGUCACCGAAAAGGGCAAAGCCUUCGGAAAUAGAAACAAAGUUGGUUACAAAUCACACUGGCUUUGCCCGAAGGUCGCCCCCCCACUCAAACCCCUCCCACUCUUCUUUAGCAUGCUGCCCAUGGGGACAGUGACCACUGCUGUCAGCGCGGUAGGUCUGGGUGGUCCGGUGGCGAGCGAGAAGCUGUAAGUACUACCGUGACCAUGGUACCUGUUGAAAACACAGAGGGCCCCAAUCUGCUGAACCAGAAGGGGAGAGAGGCGGAGACCGAAGGCAGCUGUGGAGCCAGCGGCGGAGGGCAUCCUGCCUGCGCGGGAGGUCCCAGCAUGUUUACGUUCCUGACAUCUGUUACUGCAGCCAUCAGCGGCCUCCUGGUGGGUUAUGAACUUGGGCUCAUCUCUGGAGCUCUUCUGCAGAUCAGAACGCUAUUAGCCCUGACCUGCCACGAGCAGGAAAUGGUUGUGAGUUCCCUCCUCAUCGGGGCAUUCCUCGCCUCUCUCACAGGAGGCGUGCUCAUAGACAGGUACGGAAGAAGGCUCGCCAUAAUCCUGUCAUCCUGCCUCCUAGGACUUGGAAGCUUGGUCUUGAUAAUGAGUUUGUCCUACACGCUCCUUAUAAUGGGGAGAGUGGCUAUAGGGGUUUCCAUAUCCCUGUCUUCCAUUGCCACGUGUGUGUACAUUGCGGAAAUUGCCCCCCAACACAGAAGAGGACUUCUUGUGUCGUUGAAUGAGCUGAUGAUUGUCACUGGUAUUCUCUUUGCCUAUAUUUCAAAUUAUGCAUUUGCCAACAUCUCCAAUGGUUGGAAGUAUAUGUUUGGCCUUGUGAUCCCCCUGGGAGUUCUGCAAGCAAUAGCGAUGUACUUUCUUCCCCCAAGUCCUCGUUUCCUGGUGAUGAAGGGACAAGAGGAGUCGGCAGGCAAAGUCCUCAGGAAGUUAAGAGUGAUCUCAGACACCACUGAAGAACUCACUUUGAUCAAAUCUUCCUUGAAAGAUGAGUAUCAGUACAGUUUUUGGGAUCUGUUUCGCUCUAAGGACAACAUGAGGACCAGAAUCCUGAUAGGUCUGACACUGGUAUUUUUUGUCCAGACCACUGGGCAGCCAAACAUACUAUUCUACGCAUCAACUGUCUUGAAGUCUGUUGGCUUCCAGAGCAAUGAGGCAGCUAGCCUUGCCUCCACUGGGGUGGGAGUGGUCAAGGUGGUUAGCACUAUCCCAGCAACCCUCCUUGUGGACCACAUUGGCAGCAAAACCUUCCUCUGUAUUGGCUCCUCCGUGAUGUCCGCUUCACUGUUGACCAUGGGCAUUGUGAACCUCAACAUCAAUAUGAACUUCACCAACAUCUGCAGAAGCCAUAGUCUUCUUAACCAGUCCCUGGAGGAGUUUGUGUUCUAUGCAACAGGAAACCUGUCAAUUAGCAAUAGCAGUCUCAGGGAGCACUUUAAAAGAAUCACUCCCUACAGCAAGGGCUCGUUUAUGCCCAUGGGGAAUGGCAUGGAGCCGAAAGGGGAGAUGACCUUCACGUCGUCUUUACCAAAUGCUGGACUGAGCCGAACUGAACACCAGGGAGUCACAGACACUGCAGUCGUCCCAGCUGCUUACAAAUGGCUGUCCCUGGCCAGCUUGCUUGUUUAUGUGGCUGCAUUUUCAAUUGGUCUGGGACCCAGAACUAUGUGAAAAACAACAUUUGUUUUAUGAGUCAUCACCAGGAAGAAUUAGUGCCAACACAGCUUCAAAAACGAAAGCCCCAAGAGCAGCUCCCAGAGUGUAACCACCUGUGUGGAAGGGGACAGUCACAACGGCCCUCGCCAGACACCUAACGGGCUCCAAUCCCUACGUGUGGCACAGUGGCAGGACUUACAGGGUCUCUGCCAUGUUCUCUCCUCACUGUCAUGGAGAAGUUAGAAAGACCACCAUUAAUUCCUCUUCCCAAAACAGACUUUUGCCAAAAGGUACAAGAGGCACCAAUGUCCUGAUGUAUCAGGUCAAGCAAACAAUACUGGCAGGUUCAAUGCCUUCAACUUUUUCUCUAGUUCAGCUUUUGAAAAGACUACAUACAUUCUAGUGAUGAGGCCUGGCUCUGCCUUAAGCUGUCUGUGUAGGAUGCCACUUACAGCUUGGUACUCAAGACACAGUGGUGUUCUGGGCAGGCACUUACCACGUGUGCCUCUGAAGACACUGUGUGGAUGAUUUCAUUGCAUCUACGUUGUAGUUUAGGAUGGUGUCUUGAAUAAGACUUUAGUUGGCAUUCAAGUCCACCAGUACAAAGAUUAUGCAGCUUAUACAUCACACAUGAGACACUUGUUAAUCAAAGUACUCUUUUGUAAGUUUUAUGUCAAUUUUUAAAACUCUAAGAUAAACCAUUUUCCAUUUCUUUUUAAAAAUUGAGUAGAAAGAUUAAUUUAAAAUUCCUGGGACCAUAUUUAUUUAGAAAUAGCUGUUAGUAAAUAUUAGACAAGGAGUCCGGACAUAAUAUUUAUCCAGAUCUCUAAGCAGUUAGCUUUAAAUUAUACAGUAAAAAUCUCUAAGAGUUGUCUCCUGGGAAGGCUUUCGUGGUAACCUGUCACAGCCCACCUUCCUGCACUUCUUCCCUGCCCUCAGGAAUCACUCUACCUCAGGCUACAGACAGAGGGAUGGCCCUGACCUCAGGCCAGGUACCUUCCUUUCUGUGAUGAGCAGUGAUGGAGAGCCACGCCAGCAAGGUGGCUUUUACCCACGGGAUGCGCUUCUCUGGCCUGCUUUUUCCAUUUGAGUUUUAAGAUUUGACAAAGCAUUUCACCGAGAGAAUUUGCAUGUGAUAGAAAAAUAAAUCUGUGAUUUAAAAAAAAGAGACCAGACCCCCUCCCUAAUUUGGGUUUUUCUUCCUUUCACCACCAAAUGGUCCCAGUCUGACGAGGUGUGUGCCCGCCACAUGCCCUGGUAGCCAAGAGGAUGAGGAUGGGCAGCAGCAGGAGCCAGCGUAGAGCCUGGGCCUCAGGCGCACAGCAGGAGGCCUGCUUCUCAAGUGCAGCCUCUGAGGAAGGGAGAUUUAAACCCUGAUCCCAUCACAGUGUGUUUCCAACUCGGGAAGAACUGUGCUGGUUCCUUUCUUGAGGGAAGAGGGGGUGAGGUGUGUUUUGUGAAGCUGCACUUCAAAUUUACCAGGAGUCUCUGCAGUCAUAGGCCACCCUUUAAAAAGACUCAAGGCAGGUUAUCAAUGUAAGCUUUUUUUUUCCCCUCCAAGUUCUCAGAUUAAGAUCUUUUAAAAACUGUUAAAUGAUUCGAUUUUGCACGUACAUGGACACACACACACUUGGCUAUUUUGUUUGUGUAUUCCUUGUGAAUGGGCAAAAAUAAGCAAAUGUAGCUUAUUACUAAUGACUUCAAUGAAGCGUUGGAACCUUCUAUUGUUCUCUUAUCACCAAGUAUGGAACGAGACAUUUGUGUUUUCAAUAUAACCUUUUACCCAGUAUUAGCCCCAUGCCACUCCGAGCACAUGAAGCCUGUGGUUUUCAAAAAUAAAAAGGGGGAAUACUUAAAACUUG